AUGAGCGAAGACAAGAGCGUUUCCAGCGUGCCUAAGACCGAGGAGCCGGCCCUGAAGCCGCCUACGGCCAACGUGUUUGCGAUGUUUGGAGGCGCCAGCGCCAAGAAGGAGGAGAAGAAGGAGGAAAAGGAGGAAAAAGACGCCAAAGAAGAAAAUAGAAACGGAUCCAAGGACAAGGAGGGUGAGGACGAGGAGGAGGUUCCGGAGAACGACGACAUCCAUUUCGAGCCUCUGGUCCAGCUGGAGAAGGUGGAGGUGAAAACCAACGAGGAGAACGAGGACGUUCUGUUCAAGAUCCGGGCCAAACUGUUCAAGUUCCACCCGGAGUCGAAGGAGUGGAAGGAGAGAGGUACCGGAGACGUCAAGUUUUUGCAGCACAGAGAGACCAAGAAGGUGAGACUGCUGAUGAGAAGAGACAAGACGCUCAAGGUGUGUGCCAACCACAUCAUCGCUCCCGAGUACAAGCUGACUCCGAACGUCGGGUCGGACCGUUCGUGGGUGUACAGCGUGACUGCGGACGUGAGCGACGGCGCUCCGGAGGCACAGACCUUGGCGAUCCGGUUCGGCAACAAGGAGAAUGCAGAGAAGUUCAAGGAGGAGUUCGAGAAGGCCCAGAAGGCCAACAAGGCCUAA